UAGCACAAUCCACCAAACAACACAGUCAGCAAGACUGAAAAAAAGCAAGAUGGAGCUUUGCACGACCGUAACCUUCCUAGUAUGGCUCAACUACUUCAUGAACAACGAGUGUUCAAUCUACGACAUUAACAACUACCAAACCGCUUGCAAUCUCAACCAACAGAGUCAAUAUGACUUCAUCAUUGUAGGAGCUGGCUCGGCUGGUAUCACUCUUGCUGCGCGUCUCUCUGAAAACCCCAACUGGAAAAUUCUGCUUAUUGAAGCUGGUACCUAUCCCAGUCAACUAUCAGAGGCCCCAGCAUUCUUCCUAAGUCUCCAACAAACCGAAGAAGACUGGCAAUUCAAAACCCAACCCGGAAACCACUGCAAGGGAUACAAAGAUGGCCAGUGCAAUUGGCCCCAAGGUAAGGUCCUCGGUGGUGGAUCAACCAUCAACGCCAUGUUGGCCGUUAAGGGACAACCCGUCGACUACAACAACUGGGCUAGUCAAGGUAACCCAGGAUGGGACUGGAACUCCAUGCAACAAUACUUUGCAAAGACCGAAGCCAAUAUGAAGACCACCAUGUACGCCGCUGAGAUGCCAGGUGCACAGGUGGUUGCAGAAGGUGCAAUGUCCAUGGGCUUCCCUUACAAUACCCCUGACAUGAAGAUUGGUUAUGGCUAUGUCAAUACCACCAUCUAUGAAAACAGACGCUUCAACGUCGCCAAGGGAUACUUGGUUCCAAAUAACCAACGUAGUAACCUAUGUGUGAUGACCAGCACAACUGUCACCAAAAUCCUCUUCGACAACAAUAUUUUAUUACCCAAGGCUACAGGUGUCCGUCUUUCCAACGGAGUUGAAAUCAAAGCAACCAAAGAAGUCAUUGUUUCCGCUGGUGCCAUCAACUCUCCAAAACUCCUCAUGCUUUCCGGUAUUGGCCCACGUGCUCACCUCAUGGGUAAAGGCAUCAAGGUAGUCAGGAACCUCCCAGGUGUUGGUCAGAACCUUCAGGAUCACAUGAUGUUCCCCGCUUUCUUAGUAAACUUCCAGUUCCCAAUCCUGGUCAAUUUCACCGACUUCGUAUAUGCUUACUGUGAUGAACCUCAAGCCCCAGUUGGUCAGAUAGAUAUUGGUAACCUCGUUGGAUGGAUCAACACCAAGAACAACUCCAUCUACCCGAAUAUUCAAUUCAUGCAUAUGAGUAUGCUAACCGAGGAUGUCUUACUCCUUCCAUCUUAUAUCGAAAAGAUUGGAUUCAAUGAUGUGUCAGGUGCUAGUCUUACCGCCAUCAAUGAAUUGUACACAAUGAUGACCUUCCUGCCAAUUCUCUUGAAUCCCAAAUCACGUGGAUCCAUUCGUUUGGCCAGCAGCAACCCAGCUGACAAACCACUUAUCUACCCUGGAUAUCUGACACACCCGGAUGAUGAGGAGGUCAUGUUGGCAGCCAUUAACUUCCUUAAAACAUUCAUCACCUAUUCAACAACAUUCCCAGUCGAGAUUAUUGACUUCGACAUUCCAAAUUGUUCUUCCCUGACGUUCAACACCGAUGAUUACUGGCGUUGCAGUUUGCAUAACUUUGCAACCACCUUGUACCAUCCAUCCGGUACCAAUAAGAUGGGUAAUGACUUAUGGUCAGUCGUCAACUACAAGUUGAAGGUCCAUGGUGUCAGGAAACUACGUGUUGUUGAUGCUAGUAUUAUGCCUACAAUUGUUUCUGGUAACACCAACAUCCCAACGAUUACCAUUGCUGAGAAAGCUGCUGAUAUGAUCAAGGCUGACUACUAAACCAAUCUUCAAUGUUUUCUUAUUAUUUUUGAACAGAUCAAUAAAAACUUGCAUUCCGUAAAAA